AUGCACGCGUCGAUUUUGCCCUCUCAUCGCGCAGCAUCAUCUCGGGUGUCUGAUAACCACAGAUUGGAACUUCAUCGUCUGCGUCGCGUGCGUCGUUCUUACGUUUCUUCUUCUUCAUCUUUUUCGGCCUCGGAAGCGACGACGACGACGACGGGGAAAACACCAUCGUCAUCAUCAUCAUCAACGAAAGAAGGCAUUAAACUGGAACUGAUCAAACUCGGCGCGAAAACCGAUCGAGGGCAACUCCUCUUCCCGCAAAAAGCGUACGCGCCGUUAGACGAGUACAACCGGAAACACAGAGAGGAAGUGAAAGUAUUGGUGGAGCUCUUGACAUCGUACCCAGUAUCGACGGGGAACUCCAACAAAAUCGAGAAAGAGCAGUUAAACGGAGAGUGGGAGUGCGUGUUGGCGACGAAGCAGAUUUUCCGCUCUUCUCCAUUCUUCAUGGCCAUUCAAGACUCGUUCGGGGACGCGACGUUUGGCGAUGCGAAAAGUUCCGAGGUGUUCUUUCGUCUGCACGACUUGCAAGUCAUGUCGUGGGGGGCGUCGACGGUGGGAAGAGUCGCGCAACGCAUCGACGUCGAAAAGAAGACGUUAGAAUCAGACUUCGACACGAUAUUAUUCAAAUCGACCGUGAUUCCCAUCCUUGGAUGGUUUAAGCUCUUGCCGACGUUCGGGGGAAGGGUGGUUUCUUUCGCCGAAAAUAUGGACGUGGACGAAACGACCGGUCGCGUAGAUUUGGAGCUCGUGAAAACGAGAGUCGAACGAACGGAGGGCAUUCCCGAACCGCCUCUCUUUUUACCGUGGUUCUUAGAUCGAGACUAUCCCGUGAACAGAGUAUGGAAACUGCUCCCGUGGAACAAAGGUAAGCCACCCCUCGCGACGACGUACGUGAAAUACGUAGACGAGGAUUUUCGGGUCAUGAUGGAUCGAGACGGCGAGUGCUUCGUGUACGUGAAAGUAAAAUAA